UGUUUACACAGGAAUGGUUGAUGGGUGGGUGGCUUUGCUCUUGUCUAAAGCAAGAAACACUUAUUAUAAAUGGAUUUUAUUUGAAACUGUUACAACGGAUUGGUGAAGGGGGAUUUAGUUACAUUCAGUUAGCUGAAGAUCUCAAAACAAAACAAUACUAUGCCAUCAAAAGACUACUGGCACAGGAAGACGAUCAAGUGACUCUCAUAAAAGAUGAGAUAAAGUGUUACAAGUUGUUUGCAUCGCCGCACAUCAUACCUCUCUUAGACUACAGUAUUGUGAGACACAAGGAUGUGACUGAGAUCAACUUACUACUUCCAUAUUACAAGAGAGGAUCCCUGCAUGACCUGAUAAGCAGAAGAUUGCAGCUCAACAGUCCCCUUCAAGAGAGAAUGAUAUACGGACUGUUCCGCGGUAUCUGCAGAGCAUUGCAUGUUAUGCACAAUUACCCUAGUGGUCCUCUGACUCAUAGAGAUGUUAAACCAGGAAACGUACUGAUAAGUGAUGAUGGUAAUACUGUGCUUAUGGAUUUUGGAUCAGUAAUACAGGGACAGUGCAAAAUAUCUUCCCGUAAAGAAGCUAUAGCCAUGCAGGACAUUGCAGCAGAACGCAGCACUCUUCCUUACCGGGCACCUGAACUAUUCGAGGUUCCCAGUGACUGCGUCAUUGACGAGAAAGUGGACAUUUGGUCGCUAGGGUGUGUGCUGUACGAGAUGGUGUUCCUGCGGUCCCCCUUUGUGUGGACUAGUAGUGAACAGGGGGGCAGCAUUGCACUGUGGCCAGUUCAUGUUGCAGGUAAACUAUAUUCCUUUCUCUCAGGGACUAGUAGACUUCAUAGAGUUCAUGUUGCAGGUUGAUCCAGCAAGGAGGCCUGAUAUUGACACUGUGAUACAGAAGCUGGACAUGUUGGAAAGUAACUCCGGCUUCACUAGCGACGAUAAUCUUUAUGUAGAAAACAUCAAGUUUUAAAGUGUUAUCUUAUCAGACUACUAACUUAUUAGAUAAUAAUUAAUUAGUAUACUAACUAACUUAUUAGAUAAUAAUUUAGUUUUCAUUGCUUUUUAUUUAAUCCUAUAAUAGAACAAUCAUACUUUGAUAUCUAUAAUUAUUUAAGUAACAGAACAUAAUAACAAUUAUUCCAGAAUUUAAAUACAUUCUAUCUGGUAUCAGAAUGAAAAUGCUGAUAAAAAUUGUUAAAACCGUUCAUAUUUAUACAAUAAGUGAUUCUAACAAUAAGACUAUCUACUGAGACCUUAAGUCCACGAACCAGUUUUCCAAUUCUUCCCUGAUAACACUUUUAUAUCCUUUAUGAUAAUAACCUUGUUAACCUUGAUAACCUUGUUAACCUUGUUAACCUUGAUAACCAUUAUAUUACGGGUAAAGAAAUUUAAUUUAAGAUACAAAUUUAUUGGGCAAAUUUACUUGUUUAAAUGUUUAACGUUAAUUUUUCAAUUUAAGUAAAGUCAGGGGAAUAAGUUAUGUUUUAUUUCAGUUAUUUGUUACGUCCUAUAAUUUUACACAAUUUUAAUAAUUCAGAUAAAAUACUAAUGUUAUGGUACCAAUUGUGGGCAAUUAUUUGGGAUAAUGUAAUAAGUAAAAAAUAUUAACGUUGGGAACAAUGAUGACUAAGUUACCCCAUUUCUUUUCUUCUAAUGAGUUAUUAAUUUUAACAGCAAUUUUACGUCUACUAUAAAUUAUAGAAAGUCUGCUUCCUGGUAAAGUUCCUCAGUUUUACAAACACACAACAAGAUACAAAUCUUUUAAAUUUACGUUAAUUACAUAUUAUUGACGUAUAUUACAGGAAACCCCGAAUAUUCAAUGCUUAAUGCAUAAUUAAAUAGAUUGAAUGAGCUAAAUGGAAUUAAAAAUUAAACUAUCAAUAAAUUAUUAUUGACCAUACACAGAGUGCAACACAAGGAAGAAACAAUUUUAUAUUAUACGUCUUUACAAAGUUGGAAUUGUGUUAAAUGGAGUAUUGUUCUUUGUGAAAAUGUCUGAAUAAA